UCGGAUGAUAUUUGGGUUUGGGUGCACUUUUCUGGCUUUUUGAGAAGAAUACCUUUCUUUGACCAUUACACUUUCAUUACAUUCCAUUUUCCAAUUUCCUUAAACACUCUUUCCCUCUCUACACUUUUCUAGGGUUCUUUUCUUCUCUCUCUCUCUCUCUAUCUUCUUUCUCUCCCAAACCCACCCCCAAAUCUACAUUGCAUUACUCUUUCUCAACUCAACUCAACUCAACUCAUCAAUGGCAGCCUUCGCUUCUUCUUCUUCUUCUUCUUUUUCUUCUUCGGUUUUUUCUGAGAAUUCAAUGCCGAUCAUCGCAUCAUCUUCAUCAUCUGUACCGCCUCCUUUGGAUGACAACUUUGAAGAAGAAGACUUUUGUAGUAUCUGCCUGGAGCCUUUCAACUCCCACGAUCCUGCUACUAUUACUAACUGCAAACAUGAAUAUCAUCUCCACUGCAUUCUUGAAUGGUCACAAAGGAGCAAAGAGUGCCCAAUAUGCUGGCAGUUACUUUCCUUGAAGGAUUCUAUCAGCCAAGAGCUUCUAGUUGCAGUAGGAAAGGAAAGGCCUUUAAGGUCAAGGAGGAUGUCUAAUUUCCAAGUGAUCGAUGAUGAGGAUGAAGACGGCGAUUCUGAUAGUGAGAUCUCUAAUGAAUUUGUUUUCGAUGAGCAUAUCAUGCAGCAUCUAACUGCUGCUGCGAAUAGAGCUCGUCUGGGAAGAGAGAUUCAUAGACAUUCUGGACUGGAUCCUUCCCAAGUCCUCUUUUGUGGUUCCCCUGCAAACAGUGAAGACCAUACAUACACAACAUCUUCAGACGAACGCCAAAAUUUAAGUUAUGUCUCGUCUGAUUCUGAUUCACCGCCUUCUGUAACCCUGCCGGCUCUUAAUGCUCAAUCCUCUCGUGUGGUCCCCAGCACUGAUAUAAAUGGUGGCACACCAUUCAAAACCAGAGUUCUAUACAGUCAGCCACCAUCUGUUCAUCCACAGAGACCAAGCCCCCCAUCUGAAACAUCUACUUUAUCCGACUUGCUUAAAUCUAAGUGGUCUGCUGCUUCAGCCAGGUACAAGGAAUCACUAUCAAAAAGCACCAGAGGCUUGAAGGAGAAGCUACUUGCUCGCAAUAACUCUGUUAAAGAGCUUAGCAAAGGAGUUCAGCGUGAGAUGAGCGCAGGUAUUGCUGGUGUUGCACGAAUGAUUGAGCGCUUCGAUCUUACCCCAAAAAGAGCCGAUGUUAGUCGUGAUGGAGUUGCUUCAAACACCUCUACAAAGGGUAAAGGCGUGCUAGAGAAUAUUAUUGUUCAAUCUCUUAGUAAAAAUAAUAGUAAGGUGGCAGAUGAAAUGAGCUCAGACGCAGCCUCACACCCUUCUAUUGCUAUCCCAGGCAGAGUUGAGGUUUUUCGAACACAGAGGAGUGAGCAAUGAAAUCAAUGGUGCUGUGAAGUUUGGACAUUGUGGCUCGUUAAGUGAAAGGUCUCAGAAGAAGGCAUUUACGAUGCAAGUGAUGUAAUGUUGAGAGAUCAAUCCCCUGGUUGGUUAUGCGUCCUGCAUUGCAUGCGCCUGUACAUGCUUUAAAUUAGAUUAUAGAGGUGGUGUUUUCUCUAUAUGCAUGAAUGAUUUUAUCUGUGAAUUCUUUUGAGAUUGUUUGCUUCCAUUGUUUUGAACAUUGAACUUUAAGUUAUGUGCUUAAAUGUUCUUCGGUAUUGUGAUACCAGAUAAGUAUAUAUUUAUAAGUUAAUUGACUUAGUUUCUUUCA